GUGACACCUCUCGGCCUUAGCCAGGCAGGAGUACGGCCUUCAACGCGGAGCAUAUAGCUGUGUGGUAGACAUGGCCUCUGCUCGUCCUCCUCGGGAGAUCACCUUGGCGCGUUGCAUAAACGAGAACGCCACAGUUGGAGCUCUCCGCAGACGCCGUUCCGCGACUCCAUGCCGUCAUUCCUAUUCCCGCAAUAUCCCGCAAGAUCGGAAUUACGUUUCUUUUGAGAGCGCUCGACCGUAAGGAGAGUUAAAAGGGGACUAUUCUCUUUUUCCGCCGUCUAUCGGACGAAAACCCCAAUAUGAUAAACAUGAACUCAGGCGAGCCGUCCAACGGCAACGCACAGGCCCCGCCGACAUACUACGAGUCUCUCAGCACCGACCCUCCUCCCCCAUCACAAACGGCAACGGACUCUUUCCAGAUCCAACCGCACCAACCACAGGAACCCCCGCCGCCAGAGUACGCUCCUCCCGUCACCCGCUCCGUCGCCUCGGCAAGCACAUACCCGCGUCUUCCGGAAGAAAAGCGGGUGCUGCGAGAGGCCUCUUCCUCGGGCGGCUCCUCGUCGUCCUCCUCCCACUCCCGCGCAAGCUACACAGUCCGCAUCAAGCAGACAACCAACGUGGCGCCCGACCCGCACGACAGACACUUCGUUCACAUCCGUCUCUCGCGACUAGGCCAUUCUUACUCGCUCUACCCGUCCCGCCGCAACGCCACGACGCUGUUCUUCCGUGACGACCCCGUCAUCUUCCACGACCCGGCCCCGCCGCCGCCCGGGGUGGCGGUCGUCACGCCCGCGACCGCCGCUGCACAUGCGAAGGCGCUGGCUAAAGCGACUCAUGCAUUGCCUUGGAGUGGCUUUCUCGGCGAGACAGCUGUGGAUUUGAAGCCGUUGGAUGUGCCGGCCUUGGCGCUGCUUGUUGAACUACUUGAGACGAGGAUCGAUAAGAGUACGGAGAAACGGCUUGGAUACACGAUUAUCACGCUGGAGGGAAUAGCUGCAGGACAGACUAGGGCGAUGCAGGAACAGAUGAAUUCCGGGCGUACUUGUGGGAAACGGCCAUAUCCCUAUAUAUCCAUAUUAAUAAGAGUAGAUGAAGUAUUGCACGCUUGUAUAUGUCCAUACGGAGGUCUUGGAGGCUGCUUGGAGGCACGAUUCUACCGCCGCCCACUUGUGCUGCUUCUUCGCCCUCCUCGCCGCCGCCGCCGCCCUCGCCGCCUAUCUCGGGACACCAACACCCGGCCCAACCUCCUCGAAGGAUAUGCGUUCGGAGCACCUUAGGCUAUACUAACAGUGCCGCGAUCCGACGGAUCUUCAGAUAUUUAUGGGUUGCCCGGAUGAGGAGGCGGAGCCGCGACUGAUGGUUGCUGGGUAUCGCGAUAAGAUGUUGGUGUAUGCGGGGAUGCUGAGAGACAGGUUGGAGGAGUGCGGCGUCUGGAGGCCUAGGAUUGAGGUGGGGUUACAAGGCUUUGAGAGGGGCUUCA